CAGGCAGCUCUGAUUCAGUUGCAGGUUGCCAAGUUGGGCUGGAAGCUAAGCUCUUUCUUGUGUUUCCACUGCUGUCCUCCUUGGGAAACCUUUGUGAAUGUAGCAAUAAUUGGAAUAUUGAGACUAGAAAAAUAAUCUAAGCAUUCACAACAAUAAGUUCAGACAGAGCAUCAGAACUGCAAAGAAUGGUAUGUUCAAGUUCCCUGGAGGUAAGCCCUCCUGUAACCAGGGCACUCUGUCCCUGAGCUUUGGGGUGAUGGAAACUGGGAGGGUAAUACAUGCCACUGCAACCUUUCUGAUAGUUGAUUAUCAAAACAGUUCAAACAGUGGAAUGGUUUGUAUGAUUGCAUGGGAGGUGAUCCUGAAAUUAGAAAGAAACACUCGUAAAUAUUUUGAAUGCCUUAUGUUGAUGUCUGAAGGACUGACUGGGUGUUAGGUUUUUUGAGCUUUCCUAAAAGAAAGCUGUUGCUGAAAGGAAGUUUUUCCCCACUUCUUUUCCCCAGAGUGCACUUUUCCCCUUUGUUCCUUGUGCUUAAACUGAUAGCCUUGAUGACCUUGCUAGGGUCGAAGCUUGUGAGCUUGUUGCAGGAAGCUGUACCAUCUUUUGGUGGGAUGUGUUUUGUGUCAGAGGGGUCCUGGAAGUGACUUUGUCUGUGAGUGGAGUGCAGGGACUGGCCUGGGUGGGUAAGGUGGUGGGAACAUGUGGAGGGCAGUGCAGAGAGGAGAGGUGUGAGAAUGGAGCCCUGCCCUCCAGUGGCAGGUGGCCAGGACAGCAGCUUAGCUGGUGCUCUCUCUAUUGAAUGUUUUUGUCAUAAUGAAUGAUCUGAUGUGCUGUAGAUUUUCUUCUGAUUGCUUGUGGAGGAAAAGGAAGUCUUCUUUUGGAUGAAGUUCAGUAUUGGGUCAUGAUGAUUAUAAUUUAAACAACUAAAGGUUGACCAUAGUUAUAGGUGGGAAAAUGCAAGGUCUUUGUAAUGGUAUGGAAAACUUUCCCUGGCCUUCAUGAGAGCUGAAACACUAAAUAGAGUUGAGGUCAGGAAAGAGUGUUGGUCAGGGUUUCUGUGAACUGGGAAGGGAAUUUUUAGCUGUAGAUUACAUCCCUCCAUCCCUUCUGGAUAUCCUUGAGGGACUGCUGUGUAACAAGCUCCAUUUAUUGUCUGACCUAUAACUUGGCUGUUGGCAGUGCCUUUGAUCUUUUCUGCUUCUUCCUGGUGUGACAUGAUGUAAUUUUUAUAGCUUUUUGGUUUUGCAUCUGCAGUGUAUUACAGGCUGCUUUAGAGCAAUUUUUUUUCUUCAUUUAGUAGAUGGUGUUGUCAGCUACUGGGCGAGCUGGCCUUGAUGACCUGCUUGAUGGAAACCAGAAAGCGCUUUCCUUGAACUUGGUUUCCUCCCAUAUUUAGAUGGAUCUGUGAAAUUCAAACCCCUUUCGCCUACUUGUGGUAAAGACUGUAAAAUCUAGCUCUCUUCAACCAUGGCAAACAUUGCUGACAUAGUGCUGUAGAAUUAUUAGUAUUUUUAUAGCACCUUAACAGCAGACCUUGCAGAGUGCCUUGCCAGUCUUAGACUUCACCUUGUUUUUGUUGCAAAGGACACCAUGAGCAAUUUUAUUAGGGUGUGGCAGAAGUGUGUAGUGUUGCAUGAUGCUUGUCCGUCUUCGACAGGUUAUUGCUCCUAAUGUGUUCAUGUGUGCACGCACAAGCAUUUGCAUAAUUAAAGCAUUACUUUUGAAACAGCUAUUUCAGAAAUGUAUUGUCCACUAUUUAUGAAGAAAAAACUGAAAAAUAUUGCUGUGGUGACCUCAAAUGUACCUUAUUUGUAAAGGGGAAAGUGUAAAUUAUUGGAUAUUCCUGUGGUAUUGUAAGUAUUAAUGAGGCUUGAUGUGAAUUAAAGGCUUGGACUCCUGUGGAUUGAUGGAUGUGAAACUAUUAGAUUUGGUCCUCAUAGAUAGAAUUGUAAGUCUGACGUGAGAAUUAAUUAGUUUUCUUUCUUUUUUUUACAUUUUAUGACAUGCUAGUAAGCCCAACAGUUUUUGAAAAGAAAAGUAGAAUAUGAAGGCCAAAAUUAGUUAUGAAAAGAAGGAGAGUUGCAAGCUGCGAGGUAAAGAUACAUGGAUGCCUGCUGAUGUGAAUGAACGUGUGGAACCAAUGGAAAAGGAAUGUUCUGUGCAGAAAAAAAAGAAAAAGGAUAAACAUUCCAAAAAGGCUAAGAAAGAAAAGAAGAAAAGUAAGAAACAGAAAUCUGAAAAGAAGGAUGACUUAUCUGAUAGUUCUUCGGAUUCUUCAGUUGAAUGGGUUGAGUCAAAUGUGUCACAGUCAGAUGACACAGAAGAGGCUUGGAAGGUCAACACGGAGCCAGAUGCUGCAAAAGAACCUUCCCUGCAGAGAGAAGAAUGGAUGAAUUUGAACUUCAUGUCAUUGAAAACAACGUCAGUAGCAGCUGUCAAAGGUGAGAGACACAAAGAAAAAGUGUUGGAACGACAGAAAGCUCAAGAACUUGAGCAGGCCAUGCUGUCUGAGAGAGAGCUCAAUCCCUAUUGGAAAGACGGUGGUACAGGUUUGCCGCCAGAGAAGAAUGAAGAAGCAUCAGUUAAGAAAGUUACAGUGGUAGAAGAUGCUGGAUUAAGUUGGCUGCGAAAAUCGUACCAAAGGAUGAAGGAGCAGGCUGAGAGAGAGAAGCGAAAUUUAGAGGAAAUUGUAGCUGAGAGAUACGGGUCAAUGGAGGUAUUUCAGUCACGAUUAGAAGAAGCUGAAAAAGCUGCAUCCAAAAAGGAAAAUUAUCAUAGAAGUGGAAGAUGGAAGAGGACUGACUAUUCAGAAAGUGAGAAAGAGAAGAAAGACAAGAAAGAAAAGGUGACACGAGAUGAAGAUGAUAGAAACAGACACUCAUUUGGGGGCUAUUCUAGAGAGAAGUAUAGCAAGGGAUGGGCACAGGAAGACAAGGGUUGCAAAAGAGAUGGGCCAAGAGCAGACCAGGAAUGUGGACGCAGUAGCAUGGACUCAGUAUUAAGGGGAUACAGCUCCAAAGCAGAAAAAUACUCCAGUGAAAAACGAAAUCAGGAAAAGAGUUCAUCUCUAAGCAACUUGAAACACAAAUUUUUGAAACCCUCUGAAGAUGAUUUAACGUCUUACAGUGUAUCCAGAGACUCCAAGUUAAAACAGUCCUCUUCCAAGGAGGACUCAGCUCAUAGCUCUUUGAGCAGCCGUUUCCAGAAACCCAGUGAGGAUACUGCACUGUGGACCAAAACACACAAUGAGAAAUUAAAAUCUGAUCAAAAAUCACCAGGUACUAGGGAACAAAUUGAUGGCAAAAGCUGGAAAAGAACUCCAGGUGAUGAAAAUGAGAAGUCGCAACAGGAGCAUGCAAGCCAUACCCCUGAGAAGAAGCAGAUUUUAUCUGACAGUAAAACAUCAUUCUCUAGAUCAUCAAAGGAUGAGCCGCCUCGGGUCCUUAGUGAAGAGGAGAUGAACAGACUGGGAGCGAGGAUUGUGAAAGCAGAACUCAUGGGAGACACGGAUUUAGCUUCAAAACUUCAAGCAGAACUUGACAAUGCUCGCAAGUUGAGAGAGACUCAAGGACAAGUUCCAGCAAAGGCUGGCAGAGAGGCUUCAAGCCUUCAAGAAGAUGAGCAAGUGGUCCUUGUCAGAACAGAUGGAAGUGGAAGGGCAUGGCCUGUGAUGGGACCAACGGAGCCACUGGAGCCAAAAGGAGGACGAAGAAAGCAACAGAUGAUGCCUACUCAUGUAGAUAAAGAGAGAGUAAGGUAUUUUCAGGAUGAUGAUAGUAUGAACCUGAAGGAUUUGGUCAAAAAUGAGAAGAUGAGAACAGCAGAGGAUCAAAACUCAUUGUUCAUGCGUAUGGCAUCAAAGCUCAUGGAAAAAACUGACAGAGAGUACUACACUCUGGAUGACAUGUUUGUUUCCAAAGCAGCCAAGAGAGCACGCAGUGGGGAAGAGGAGGAAGUACAAAGAAGAAAAGCAAUCCGUGAGCAUCAGCAACUCGCUGCAUGCAUGGAAAAGUGCCCCUACUGCUUUGAUAGCAGUGAACUUUCUAAGCAUCUUAUUAUUGCAAUUGGCACCAAGGUGUAUUUGUCUCUACCAAGCAGCCAGUCCCUUACUGAAGGUCACUGCCUGAUAGCCCCUCUACAGCACCAUACUGCAGCCACUCUUUUGGAUGAAGACAUCUGGGAAGAAAUCCAGAUGUUCCGAAAUGCAUUGGUGAAAAUGUUUGAAGCUAAAGACUUGGACUGUGUAUUCCUAGAAACAAACAUGAGUAUGAAGAAGCGAUAUCAUAUGGUAUAUGAAUGCAUUCCUCUUCCAAAAGAAGUAGGAGAUAUGGCUCCAAUCUAUUUUAAGAAAGCUAUAAUGGAGUCUGAUGAAGAGUGGUCCAUGAACAAGAAGUUAAUUGAUCUUUCUUCAAAAGAUAUUCGGAAAUCUGUUCCUAAAGGGUUGCCAUACUUUUCUGUGGACUUUGGUCUUCAGGGAGGAUUUGCUCAUGUGAUUGAAGAUCAACACAAUUUCCCUCAUUACUUUGGAAAGGAAAUUAUUGGUGGCAUGCUGGACUUGGAACCACGGCUCUGGAGAAAAGGAAUCAGACAGAACUUUGAGGAGCAGCGGAAAAAGGUGUUGCAGUUUGCACAGUGGUGGAAACCAUAUGACUUCACCAAAAAGAAAGAAUGAGAACAACCUGGAGUCGAGGACUGUAUAAGCCAUGAAUUACACUGAAGGAUACUUCAAAUGUUAAGAACACCAGCAAUGUGUUAUGUGUUGCUAAUGUAUUUUUGAAUACAGAAUAUUUUUUAAUUGCUGAUGGUCUGUUUUUGUUUCGGACACUGGAUCACACGUACCUGCAAGCUUGAAAAACCAGGUUUGUACAGUGUUUUUAGUUUUAGUUUUUCAUUUUUCAGCUAAGUCAAAAGGAUAAUAUCCAUGUAGCCAUUUGGGUUCUUAAAAAUGUAACUUUUGCUUUUGGAGAUUUUAUAAUCUUUGAGACAACUGCUAUGUUUUUAUAUUGUAUUAAGCCAGUGCUUAAUUAUCAUGGUGAACUUUUUUUGAAAAUUAUGUACAUUUUAAGAACAUUUUGAUUAAUACAAAUACAUUGCUGCAGAAGAAAAUUGUAUAGAAAAUAGUC